AUGGGGAGUGCCGGGUUUGCAAUGGCUGUCGCUAUCCGGGCGAUCGCAGAGGUAGUCAUCAACACGUCUCACCAUCAUCAAUCACUGACUUCAAACCAAACAUUUACUGGCUACCGGGCGCCUCUCGCCCUGCUUCCGAACAUCCUGGCGCUGCCUUCUCGUCUACGUGCAGGAUUCUUCAUAAUCCUCUUCUUUAUCGUCACGUCCGCCAUUCUGGCUUCCACUCGCUUUGGAUCUCGACUUGCGUCGCUCUUCACGCAAAUUCGACCUGCGGCAGCCUUCUCCGCCUUCACGAGACCAGUUACUACCAGUACGAUGGCACCGAAGGUCUAUCAGAAGCCUCCUCAGGCUCCACCUAGCUUCAUAGCUACCACAGCCUCCUUAGUAGAGGAUGCGAAAGCUAUCUGUGGUAUGUUUACUGGGAGGCGCCCAUUCUGA